AUGGACUAUCGACCCGAGUCGCCGGACCUCUCCAACCUGACUGGAGCUCGACCGGUUAGUCCCGACCUUAGCGGCAUCAAUACCUCCCAGUCACAGCCGCUUGGAGAAUUUAACCAACAAGCACAACACUUUCCCACCGCGUUUGGUGCUGGCCACCGCAUUUCUUCUGCAAGCACCUACCAACCGCAACCCACCUCCGUGCCACACUACAGCCCAUACGACCGCCAGUACCAACCCUAUCAGCAAUACUCACCGCCCACCGGCAUGCCACCGCGACAGUUCAAGGCCGAAGAUGAGGACGAGUACAUGCCCGAUGCCAACGACUCCUCUAAGCGACCACGGCGCCUAAAGCAGGAGCACACAAUCGGCACAAAUGGCGCACCGCCCAUCGACGCAGCGCCGUUUCCCAUCAAGGCUGAGGCUGGCGAUGCCACUCUCGGUUGCACCAUCAACACAACAUUUCCCGUCGCGCGCAUAAAGAGGAUCAUGCAGGCAGACGAAGACAUUGGCAAGGUCGCGCAAGUCACACCAACGGUCGUUAGCAGAGCCUUGGAGCUCUUCAUGAUCAAGCUCAUCUCGCAGUCUGCCGUCCAGGCGCGCGGUCUGGUCGGAGCAGGAGGCACAUCCGGCAAAGGUCCGAAGCGCAUACUGGCACAGCACAUGAAGGCUGCUGUCAAUGCCGACGAUGUCUUGGAUUUUCUCGGCGAGAUCGUGAACAAGAUUCCAGAUGCGCCAGUCAAGGCCGCAAAGAAGGAGACGGGUAGCGAGUCGGAGGAGGCCAAGCCGAAGAGGCGGAGCAAGAAGAGGAAGGACUCGGGAGAUGAUGUUUGA